UUAAACGCCUUCCGACAGGGACAAAAACAUGUCGUCUACGUAACGGUUUGAAUUAGCUGCUCAUUUCACAAGUUCUGGUUCAGCUGCUAUAUGAUCCCAGUCGUGUACUCGGCCAAUAACCGGGAAAGAUGACACAGAAAACAGUGGGAUCCAUUAUAGGUCUUCUUUGCACCGGGACCUGUUUGGUGCAGGGGAAGGAGUUCUGUUUUGGAGUGAACAAUGAGCAGUACCGGUGUGAGAUGGGAUAUUGCUGCGGGGAGACUGAGUGCUGCACCUACUACUACGAGCUUUGGUGGUUCUGGUUGGUGUGGACGCUCAUCAUAAUGCUGAGUUGCUGUUGUGCUUACCGCCAUCGCCGGGUGAAGAUGCGCUUGCAGCAGGAGCAACGUCAGCGUGAAAUCAGCCUCAUGGCCUACCAGGGAGCUUCUAGCUCCUUUAUCUCCCCUCCACCCCUUAACCUCCGGUUCUGGACAGACUGCAAGCUACCUGACUACGAAGAGGUUGUAGGUCAUCCCCCGACUCCGCCCCCGCCUUACUCUGAGAGACCCCCAGAGACCACCACUGCCAUCCUACUGCCCCCCAUCCAGUCAGAAGCUGCCAUGGUGCUGGAACCCCCAACAGAAGACAAUACAGUAGAGGAGCAGGCUGCCAGUUUUUCCGCAGACCAAGAAGCUACAUCUGCACCCAGCCAAUCAGAGCGACCGGAGGAGGAAGACCCUGAGGGCCCAUUGGAGGAGGAGCUACUGACGCGGCGCAGGCAUGUGACUGGCGACUCUGGGAUUGAGGUGUGUGUAUGCCAGCUGGAUGAGGGCUCAGGGCUGGAGGAGGAUGAGGAGCGAGUGUGUCAAGGGGCCAGAGGGGACUGCUGCUUUGCCUCUGAGCACCACCACGUCCUCAGACACAAAGGGAGAACCCCAGAGCCCCAACCUCAGCCCCAGACUGCCAGCGCUGGAGACCGCCUAGUCUGAGCUGCAGUACCUGCCACCCAGAGGCAGCUCCUGCUGCUGGAUCCACAUGUUAGGGAGGGAGGCACUGGAAAGCUGUUUUUACUGUCAACAAAACAAUAACCCAAAACACCACCACGAAACAAACUGCCCCACGACAAGUCACCGAAUAACCAAGUAGUCAUGUUGUUGAUGUGCUUGUAGUGUUCAAUAAAACAACCAGGGUGACAAAAAGAUGCUUAUUUGGAAAAAGAUAGUCAUGGUUUAAUUCUUGGCUACCCAUGGGUGGUCCCUCCUCUGCUUUGCCAGUCUUGCUAUUGGAAUGAUGAGCCAAAUGCCCACGUUCUUCACAAAGGGGGGGUGGGGGGGGGGGUUAACGCUUCUAGAGAAAUCUGCUGAGUGGUAAGAAGAGGUGCAGACACUGGCUCAGAAUGGACUUCAUCUACCCUUCAAAACGCUCCUCAUUCCCCCACCGUCUGGGAAUUUGCUCUGGUCCUUCUAACAUUUCAUCUCUAUUGGGAAAGGACAGCAUACCAGCCCGGUCAUCAACUUACUAGAUGCUGCCUUGACCUGAAGGGACUGACCACCGGAUGCAGACUGUGACUGAGGGAACUGUUGCUUUCGUCGGGGGUGUGUGCUGUGUAACCUGGGGCGCAGUGAUGUCACCCCCGAGGUCAUCUCAGCCUGUGUCUGCUUUCCUCUUGGCGUGACAGCAGGGCUAUUGGCAUCCAGGGAUGAGGUUGGGAAGGGUGGUCUGUCUGUCUCUUACAGCCUUUCUGGACUGGUUCCUAAUAAUGUCAGGCCCCUGCCAUCCCUACCCAACUCCUCUUUCCAUUCCUCAUACCCUCUUCAGUGUCGCUCUGGUCAACACCUGGCCCGACUGAGUGUUUUGUAAUGGACUGGGUGCGUUUGAUCUCUGAUCGGACUGGCCAGGUGAACUGAACACUGUAAGCCGUGACAUUAUCCCAUCGCCGUGCCUGCAACUUGGUGUCUAUAAAAAGACUGCUGGUGAUAUAACGUGUGUGUGUGUGUGUGUGUGUGGUUAGGGGCGUGCUGUUGGAAAUAACAGCCCAGUGGAGGGGCGGGGAGUGAGACGUUUCAGCUGCAGUGGACUGGCUCGUCUCACUUUCUCAUUGUACCUUCUGGCUCAAAACUUGCUUUAACCGAGGCCCUGAUAAUGGCAACAAAGCUCUCAUCUGGGGGCUGCAAUGAGCGUAACGUGAGUGUGUAGAAUGCAUAGGGCAGUUUAGUACGGUCUUAUUUAGCAUGUCCUCAAACAGUGCCCUAACCCCUGGCGGCCGACACACACCUCCCCAGGUUUUAUAACCCAUUUUUAGAGGACGCGCUGGGAUGAUGUUUGUGUGCGCGGCCAGUCGCCUUUAGAAUCAACUUUAGAUGCCCUGUAUCUGGGUUCAUUGUGCUGUCAUGACUGAUGCCGACUCCCUUGGCUGGUACUGGUGGACAAUGCGAGAGUUUUGUGGUGGUCUUUUCCAUCUGGUGGUUGCAUGGUUUUGCGGUGUUGGCCCAGCUGCAUGCCUUGUUAUGAUAAACCACAUGUACCUUGGCGAUGGGCGUUCCUGGCCCAGCACGUGUCCAACUGUCGCUGUAGAGUCGGGCGGAGUGCUUGGGAUCCUAGCGUGGCGUUCCACUUAGAGGAAGCACACAAAAGAUCCUGCUGCUUUGGGUGUGUUUAAAUGGCAGUGACAAUAUUAUUAUUUUUUUAUAUUAUUUUGUGGUAUUCAUUUGCUUUUGUGCAGCACCUAUAGAUCAAGCAGGUUAUGGACUGAUGAUGUGUUUUCAUAUUUUAUUGACUUAAAGAUGUCAAUCAUUAAGCGUGUGAAGUAUCAAUAAUCAAAGUAACGUUUGAAAGUCAGAGGAUUGACUCGUGUACACAGACACACAUGGGCACUCCGCUCGCUGUCUCACAUUAGGACACUAAGAUGUUUUUAAUAAAACACCAUAAGCUGCCUUUGUAGUUGGCUGGGCAACAUGAAUUACAUGGCACAGGGCUGGUUGAUGAGUAGUCAUACAGCUAUUGCAUAUUUGUGUUUUUGUUGAAAGCUGAAUUGUGUCCAGCCCCGCUCUUUUUGAAGCAUUUCCUUUAUACAAGUUUAUAGAGUCUAAAGUGUAAGUGUCUCUGACUCUGUGUAUCUGUCGUCUUGUUGUUCUAGGAUGUGGUUUUGAAUUGCAGUAAACCUAGAGUGAAAACCACAAAACAAGAUCAUGACUUUUGCAUUUUGUAGAAGCGAUAGCCUGUAGUAAUGGGCAACAUUUUGUCUGCCGGCUUGGGUUUGAAGUUCAAAAUGCCAUUGGUUGUCAUGUUCAUCUAUUUGUGUUAUUAUGUAGAUGAACAUAUAUUUUGUUCUCAUGUUCAUCUAUUUUAGUAAUCAUUGUAUAUUUUGUAAGGAUAUGAUCAAGAGAAGUUUGAUAUUUGAACUGACCUGAAAGCAUGAAAUCAGUAAGUGGAAGAAGAAAAGAAAAAAGCGUUAUGGAAAGACAUGCUCCAUGGUUUUGUGUGUUUUCUUUUGAUCCAUUAUAAUUUUUUAUUGUUGUUUGUUGGGGAACAUAUCCCAACAAUAAAUGUAGAUGCUACAAAGUGCAUUUAUUUUUCUGCAAUAUAGAUAAAUGAAGAGUGUUGUUUUUGAGUUAGGACAACAGGGUCUCAGUGUCUCUGCCCCAUCACUCACUCCACCUACUGGGUAAAAUGAAUGCCAGACAAACUCUUCUUGCUUUCACAUGUUUACUUAGAUAAAGGGCUAUAAGUUAAUCAUGGACAAGCAUCCAUCCAUUCAUUAAUUUGCUCUGUAUUUUUCCUCUUUCCCUGCGUUUGAAGACUGGCAAUAUCUGAACAUGCAGCUGUUGUUACAUUCUCUGUAGUGCUCAUCUGUGAAUACUGUAUGAUUGUAUACAAUUGUUAUUAUCAUUCUAUUAGCUUUAUGUUGCCUAUUGUUUUUUUUUGUUGUUUUUUUGUUUAAAUGUUAACAGAGGUGCGUGAAGCUUCCAUGCCUCUCUGUCUGCCUCAAUCCUCCACACUGUCUCCGUAUUGCCUCUCAGGUACACCAGCAGAGAGAGCUAGGAUCACUGGCUGGUUGGGUAUGUGGUCCCUGAAGAGGUGACUAGCUCCAGGUGUGAUAGUGAUGGUGGAUGUAAACCAAGCUCAUUCCAGCCUGCUAGUCCGUGAUACAAUGUUUGUCUUUCUGAGGCAGGGUUUUUGCCGCCCCAUAUAUCACUUUCAAGAUGGCGCCGACACAGUGCACAGUUCUCGUUGUUUGCCUGUACUCUACCUAAACAAUUCCGCCUACUCUACUCAGCCCACUUGUGUGUCUCACUAACUCACAAAGGCAAACUUGCAUUUUGUAUAGUAUCCUACUGUCAUGAGUUGCUGUUUCUGUAUUUGGCAUUGAUCCGAACUCUACUGUUACCACCCAAUACCUAAUGGUGGUCAGCUUAAAAGUUUUGUGUCCCCACUAGGCCAACCCCCUGUCAUUAUAGAACACCGGUCUUCCUCCUUUCACCCGACGUGUUCCUUUGAGUUUCAGCUCCACGCACCUCUGUACUGUACUGUACUUGACUAGGCUAUGCAAAACCAUAAACCCACUGAUAUAUGCUGCAAUCACUAUUCUCUCGUUUGUCUGUGGUUGCCAGGACAAGCAAUAUUACUCUCAGUACAGCGCACUGUACCUCAUUUGGUAUGUGUAAUAACUUUGUUUAAAAAAAAAAAAAAAAACAUAAAAAAAAAAACACGAAUGUUUAUUGCUACUACUGUGUGUUUGGUGCAUGCUUUGAGCUAUGUUUAUACAAGUAUUCAUGUUACCUUUCCAUGGGUGGGUAGUGGGUCAGCCUUUCUAGUUAAUUUUCUCUUGUUUUAAUGACAUGAAUUGAAAUACAGUCUGCUGUCUUUCUACACUGCUAAGAAUAUUACUCCUGCUUACUUAAAUUGAAAAUACAAAUGUGUUGGUUUUGUAAGCUAAA